AUGUCCGUCCUACUCGAGACAUCUCUCGGCGACAUUGUUAUCGAUCUCGAAACAGAAGUAUGUCCAAAGACUUGCCAGAACUUCCUAAAAUUGUGCAAAGUCUACUAUUAUAAUCUCAAUGCUUUCUUUAACGUCUCGAAAGACUUUUUGGCCCAGGCGGGAGAUCCUACGGCCACAGGUACAGGAGGCGAGUCCAUCUGGUCUUUAAUUGCCUCGCAGCAGGGGAAACAAGAGCCUCGCUACUUUAGCCCCGAGUUCGUGCCGCGUCUGAAGCACAGGGAGAGGGGCACGGUGUCGAUGGCUGUCGCCCCUGCCAUCGAGGGACAAGGCAAGGGAGGCUGUGGUAGCCAGUUCUUCGUCACACUGGCGGACGAAAUCGACUACCUCGAUGGAAAACAUGCUGUGUUCGGACAUGUCGUGGAGGGCCUCGAUACGCUGUAUAAGCUCAACGACGUCUUCACGGAUCAGGAGGGUAGACCAUUGAAAGAUGUGAGGAUAAGGCAUAUUGAGAUUUUGGACGACCCAUUUGAGGAUCCUCCUGGCCUUGUGGUACCGGAGUUGAUCCCCACACGCCCCCCAGAUAACUCCACACGCAUUGCUGAGGAUGAAGACCCCCUCGCAACUCUGCCCGAAGAGGAGGCGGAAAAUGAACGCCGAAAGCAGGCAGCUCGCGCAGCGGCGCUGACGCUGGAAAUGGUCGGAGAUCUACCGUUUGCCAACGUUCGCCCCCCAGAGAACGUUCUCUUCGUCUGCAAGCUCAACCCGGUAACGCGAGAUGAGGACUUGGAGCUUAUUUUUUCCCGGUUUGGGACCAUUAUGAGCUGUCAGGUUAUCCGGGACAAGAAGACAGGGGACUCGCUUCAAUAUGCUUUUAUUGAAUUUGACAAACGGGAGGAGGCUGAACAAGCCUACUUCAAAAUGCAGAACGUCCUGAUUGACGAGCGACGGAUAUGGGUAGAUUUCUCGCAAUCGGUGGCGCGCCUUAAUACCAGUUGGUCGAAUAACCCCAAGAUGGAGCCUCGUCUUCCGAGAGGUGGACGAGGGGCAGGCAGGCGAGAGCCGACGGGUUUCGGAGGUUUAGACAAUUUGGAGGCGACACGGCGUUACAGAGAGGGCGCUACGGGAGACGGAGCCAGAUACGGGAUGGUCUUCGAUGUGGAUGGUGGUGGCCGCCGUCAGACGCGUCACGCACGAAGUCGCAGCAGAACGCCUCGCAGAGACCGUUCUAGAGAUCUUCCGCGUCGCUCGCGGUCGCCUCGUCCGAGUGCUCGAGGAACGCACGACCGCGAGCGCCGGAGCAGCAGAGAGCGGCGCUCGAGAGAACGCUCCGAUCGUCGACGCUGA